AUGGCAGAAGCAUUGCAAUCAUCAUUGAAUAAUAUGCUAGAAUCAAAUGACUCGGCCAAAGCAGAAAAAACCGUGCCAGAUGGUGUUGAAACAGCCAUCUCCUUGGUGAACUUCACAGGUAAUGAUAUUGAAGAGCCUCCUUUCAAAAAACUUCGCACGAACGCCCACGAUCGAUCUCUUUCGUUUGAAGAUCGUAUUAGGCCGAUUUUAUCAUGUUGCAUUUGCUUGGAUCUUUCCACAUUAUCUUUAUUCCAAUGUCCAAAUGGUCAUUUAAUGUGUUCUGCCUGCUUCCAUCAUCUUGUAGCUGACUGUAUGCUUAAAGAUCAAGAAAGUGCGUGUCCAAACUGUCGAUGUAAAAUUUCAAAAAGGAAUUGCACCCGGAAUCUAGCGGUAGAAAAAAUCAUUUCGGAGUUGCCGACUACAUGUGCUUAUUGUACGCAUACAUGUCCACGUUGUGAAAUCAAAUAUCAUGAAUCAGAAACAUGUCCAGAACGACCGACCGUGUGCGAAUAUUCGUUACUCGGCUGCGAUUGGAUAGGCCCUUCUCAUUGUCUGACAUCUCAUAUGACUAGUUGUGAAUAUCCGAAGAAGACCGGUCAACAAUUGUUGGAUACAAUUCGAAUACGAAAACAAAAGUAUGAUGCAGAAAAGACAUAUCUGGAAACUGCUCUAGACUUACUUUUGAUCCAUGAAAUUGAUGCCAACGAUAUCAGUCUGACACCAAUGCAUACAGAUGAUUUCUCUGCAAAACUCUACUUUGAAACGUCACAUUUUAAGGCUCUAGAAUGCGAAUGGAAAGUACGAGUAUGCAUCAACGAUCACACGUCACAUCCACACACCACAAGCACUAGGUGGUUAAGUUAUCAACUUGUGCUCGAAUCAAACAUAAGUGAAACGAUCAAAUUGAAAUUUUUUAUCAGCAAAGGUCCUUAUAGUAAUCUACCGGCUUUAAAAUUUCAACCGAUUAUCUCUCAUUUUGAAUUCAAUGAAAACAACACCGAAACUGAAUACAUCAAGUUACCAAUUAGUUCGCUAGAAUGCAAUCAAAUUCUAUCAUCGUCGUCUAUGAAAUUUCGAUUCUGGAUAAUUCGUGAGAUAUCAACGGCCUCUUUGUAA